AUGUCUGAUGGCCUAUGUAAACGUGGAUGUGCUCCAAUCACUGGUCUUCGUCGACGUGCUGUUACACAAAUAAAUUCAAGCGAUAUGAAUACAACGCUAGUGUCAGCGAAAGCUAAGGAAAUUUGUCAAGUGUACAUCGAUAGUCUUGUUCUUGUUGCACCAAAAAAUCUCACUGAUAGUGAAAUUCGUAACAUUCAAACUGCUUGUAUCACCGAUGUUUCUAAUACUGGUGACACUCAAGUAUGUAGUAUUGUUGAGAAUAAUCGAGCAAUUCGA